AUGCCUCAACAAAUUCGCCCAAAGCGAACCGCUUCUGCUGGGGACAUCGAGACUACCAGUGCUUUUGACGGCCGUGGCACUUUGGAGGAUCCCUUUGUGGUCGAAUUUCAAGAAGAUGACCCCGAGAAUCCCAUGAAUUGGUCUUCGUUUAGAAGAUGGUUCAUCACAUCAAUUGUAACUCUUUCCGUCUUUGCUGUUACCUUUACAUCCUCGGCAUAUUCAGAAUCCUCGGUUGAACUGAUGCAAGACUUGAAUAUGGGAACCUUUAUCGGAGGUUCAGCGGGUAGUAAGAACAUUGCCACACUUAUGGUCACACGGUUCUUCGGUGGCACGUUCGGGGGAUCCCCUCUGGUCAACUCUGGUGGUACAAUUGCAGACCUUUUCCCACCAGCCCAGAGAGGGCUUGCUUUGACGCUCUACUGCGUUGCACCCUUCCUUGGCCCCAUUCUGGGCCCGAUUGCCGGAGGGUUUAUCUCUGAGAAUGUUGGUUGGAGGUGGGUUCAAGGAGUGUGCACCAUCUUUGUUGGAGUGAUCGGAAUUCUCGGCAUGGCUUUUGUACCCGAGACAUACGGACCAGUGUUGUUGACCAAACGGGCCAAUGAAUUAUCCAAGGCCAAUAACAAGGUUUACCUCAGCAUCCUCGACAUAAGGCAGGGCAAGAAGAGGCCUUCUGAAGUGUUCCAAAGAGCUCUAAUACGGCCGUGGGUAUUAUUAUUCAAAGAGCCCAUCGUAUUAGUAGCCUCGCUAUAUAUGGCAAUCAUCUAUGGAACUGUAUACAUGUUUAUGGGUGCGCUGCCUAUUGUGUACAACGAGUACCGCGGAUGGAGCGAGGGUAUUGGAGGGCUCGCAUUUUUGGGAAUUGCUGUGGGUAUCGUCUUCGGAUUGGUCUAUGCCAUUUGGGAUAACCACCGACGCUACAUGAAGCUAUUCACCGCGAAACUAGCAACUGCAGAGUCUCGCCUACCUCCAGCUAUUGUGGGUGGUAUUGUUUUACCAGUUGGAAUGUUCGCUUUUGCAUGGACAAACUAUCCAAACAUUCACUGGUCAGCCAGCAUUAUCCUGGCUGCACCCUUUGGCUUCGGAUGCGUCCUCAUCAUCCUUCCGAUUGUCAACUAUCUCAUCGACUCUUACACUAUUUACGCAGCCUCGGUCCUUGCAGCGGCCGCGAUAUUUCGCUCUGUUGUCGGUGCUGUGUUUCCCUUGUUCACGACUCAGAUGUAUCAUCAAUUGGGAAUUCACUGGGCGUCAUCUAUUCCGGCAUUUUUGGCUUUAGCUUGCAUGCCAUUCCCAUUGAUCAUGUACCGCUACGGUGCAACGUUGAGAAUGAAGUGCAAAUAUGCGUUUGAGGCAGCUGAAAUGAUGAGAAAGAUGAAACUACAGCAGUUUGGCGCUUCGAACAGGAAGGAAGGGGGCGAGUCAUCCUAA